AUGUAAGAAGAUUACACUUAUCAAGUAUGAUCUAAUAUAAGAUUUUUUAGAUUCUAAAAAAAUGCAACGGGAAGGUUAUAAUAUAGAUAGAUGAGCAAUUAUUGAAUGUUAUCAAUACACAUUUCACAAUAAAACCUGAGUAGGCUAAAAAAGAGGUGCCUUAUUCGAUUAAGAAAUAACAUAAUUUCUNCUUUAACAGAUUGAGGGAAAUCAAUUCCAUAAAGAAGAUAAAUUGA